AUGAUAACCGGGCAGGAGGAAGAUACGGUGAAUCUGGGCAAGGGCGGCGAGGAGCAGUGCACAGCGGAGUGGUAUGCUCUACGGGCCAACCGGCUGACAGCCAGCGCGUUUGCGACGGCAGUGGGGUUCUUUCCGGGGGGUCGGCAGCAGCUGUGGGAGGAGAAGGUUGGGCUGAAAGUGCCGUUUGCCGGGAAUGCAGCGACGGACUGGGGGCAGGAGAAGGAGGGGGAGGCUCUGAUGGCAUAUGAGCGGAUUAUAGGUGGGAAAGUGGAGUUAAAGUCCUUUCAGGUAUGGCUGUGCGUGGGAUCUAGAAGCACGAAGACCCGGCCUUCUCCUGGCUCGGUGCUUCCCCAGAUGGCCUCCUCCCCUCCGACCGGCUCUGCUUUCACUCCUCCCCCCAAUCACCUGGCAUUCUCGAAAUCAAGUGCCCCUUUGAUCCAAGGCCUGCUAGAAAUAUUUGACCGUGAUUGGCUGGAUUUUUUCGUGUGGACUGAAAUGGGCGGCACUGCACUGUUCAGGGUGGAAAGAGACAAACAGUACUGGGAGCUACUAUUCACUGCACUAGAGGAGUUUUGGCGAGUGUAUGUGGUGCCUGCUAAGGAGGCCUUGAGGGAGGGGCAAAUGGAGGAGGAGGUGAGGUGGAAGUAUUAUCCAGUGCCGGAGCACGUGUUGAUGAGGGAGAUUGAGUUGAGAAGUGAGCAGCUGUCGAAGGGGUCUAGAAUGCACUACCGUGUUAACCGAAGGGUGUUGUACUAA